UUUUUUUUUUUUUUCAAAAAAAAAAAAAAGAAGAAAAAAAAAAAGGACAAUCAGGAUGCCUUUCGUCCCGGUUAAUGACCACCAAUUGCAUUAUACGGAUUCCCACCCCGAUGGAGCCCCUGCCAAAGGCCUCACCUUCAUUUUCAUCCAUGGCCUGGGUUCCUCUCAGAAUUACUACUUCCCUGUUCUCCCUUACCUGAAGACCAAGCAUCGUUGUAUUACAGUGGAUACAUACGGAUCUGCGCGCUCCACAUACACCGGCCAACCUAUCUCCAUUGCCUCGAUCGCCGCCGAUGUGAUCGGAGUACUGGAUGCGCUGAAGGUCUCUCAGGCGAUUGUAGUCGGUCACUCAAUGGGUGGGUUAGUAGUGACCCUUCUAGGUGCUCAAUAUGCAGAUCGCGUCAAGGGCGUGGUUGCGAUCGGGCCAACGCACCCCUCCGAGACCUUGACAACGGUCAUGCAAAAGCGAAGCGACAUUGUGACAGAGGCCGGAAUGGAACCAAUGGCAAACACCAUCCCUUACCAAGCCACGGGAUCGCAGACGUCCUCCCUUGCGCAUUCCUUCAUCCGUGAACUCCUGAUUGGCCAGAACCCGGCGGGCUAUGCGGCUCUGUGCCGGGCUAUUGCGAAUGCUCCUCAGAUCGAGUACUCCGCUAUUCAAGUUCCAUUCUUGCUGAUUGCCGGCGAGGAGGAUAAAUCUGCGUCUCUGGAGGGAUGCCAGUAUAUCUAUAACCAGGUCUCGAGUGCGAAUAAGAAGAUGGACAUUUUAGCGCAAGUGGGACAUUGGCACUGUAUUGAGGCGCCGGAACGCGUUGGGAAGACUAUUGAGACUUUUGUGGACACGGUUUUUUUAUAACUAGAUUUUACAAGUAAAUUUUUGGGUCGGGUUUAUUCAAUCU